ACGGAGCGACGAGGAGGCGGAGGAAGGAGCGUCAUUUCCGGGCCUCCCACGCCUACCGUGGGAAAGUGGACCUCGCCUUUCCCACGGGUGCAGCAUGAACGAGUCCAGCGGGGCUGCAGAUGCCAUUUGGGAGAACGAGGAGCAGAAGGAAAGAACAUCCAGGGUGUCACCAGAAAGGAUCAUGACCAUGGAGGUGGAAAUAAAGAUUGGGAACCCAGAUGAACCACAUAGAUGGGAUGAAACCCUACCAGAGGACGGCAGGAAAGAAUCCUCUGCUUUUCAAGGUGGAGAUCUCCCAGAUGUUCAGGAGAUGAUAGACACUGAAGAGGACAGGAAUAAAUGUAUCACAUGUGGGAAAGUAUUCAGAGACGACUCAAACCUUAAGCGGCAUCAGAGAACCCACACAGGAGAAAAACCCUAUCAGUGUUUGUACUGCGGGAAGAGUUUUAGCCGGAACACGAACCUUGCUUCACAUCACAGAACCCACACAGGGGAGAAACCGUAUAUUUGUUCCGUUUGUAGCAAGACUUUUUGUGAUAAAUCGAGCCUUAACCGGCACCAGAGAACCCAUACAGGGGAGAGACCGUAUGAGUGUGACGAGUGUGGAAAGAGCUUUGAUCUGAGCCAGUCUCUCAUCAGCCACCAGAGAACCCACACGGGAGAGAGGCCCUAUAGGUGCUCGGAAUGUGGAAAGACUUUCAACCGGAGUCAGAACCUCCGUAGCCACAAGAGAAGCCACACGGGAGAGAAACAGCACAAGUGCUCGGAAUGCGGGAAAAGUUUCGGCCGCAGCCAGAACCUUACGAGGCAUCAGAGCAGCCACACAGAGGAUAAACUGUAUAAGUGCCUUGAGUGUGGGAAAAGCUUCCGUCUCAGCCAGUCCCUUAUAAGUCACCAGAGAAUUCACACGGGGGAGAAACCAUAUACGUGCUCCCAUUGCGGGAAAAGCUUCAACCGGAGCCAGAACCUUAUCAGCCACCAGAGAAUCCACACUGGAGUAAAACAGUACAAGUGUUCAGAAUGUGGGAAAAGCUUCAACUGGAGCCAAGAUCUCCUCCGUCAUCAGAGGAUCCACACAGGAGAGCAACCCUAUCGCUGCACGGAAUGCGGGGAACGCUUCAAUCGGCGAGAGAAUCUUAUCAGACACAUGAGAAUACAUCUGGGAGAUAUCACUUAAGUUGUAAUGAAUA